AUGGGGAGCAACGAGACGCUCAACGACUUCGCCGACAAGAUCGGCGGCAUGGCGGCGCGCUAUGCCGGGCUGGGCUCAACGCUGGAGGACUCAGCGAUGGUGAAGAAGCUCCUGGACUCGGUCCCGGAUCGCCUGUACGCCGGCGUCGCCGGAAUGGAGCAGUUUUGCGAUCUGAACACGCUGCUGUUCGAGGAUGCGCUCGGGCGUCUGAAGGCAUUCGACGAGAGGUUGCAGCGGCGCGGGCAGGCGGGUGGCGAGCAGGCAGACAACGCGCUCAUGUACACGGCGGCACAGUGGCGAGCUCGGGAUCGGCACCAGGGAGGUGUGCGUGACGACGACGACGUGCGCAGCAACACAUCGGGCUUCGGCAACAACCGGCGCGGGCGCUGCUAUAAGUGCGGCAAGCGCGACCAUUUCAAACGUGAGUGCCCGCAGCUAAGGAAGGCGCCGGCGGCGGAACGGGCUCUGCUGGUGGACGACGGCGUUGAGGACGGCGGGCUGCUCUGA